AUGGAUUUGAACAUACAACCUGAUACGGACUUGCGAGACAAAAUUGAAAACUGUUUGAAUGCAAAUACUGCAGAAAUUUUAAGACUGUUCAAUCAACAUAAUUCAAACUAUUUGAAAACCAAAGAAAAAAUUAUAAGGCCUAAUAAUGUAUCAUAUAUCAGUAAAUUUGAUUCGAUAGUUAUUCAAUUAAUUUCGGUGAUAAGCCCGAAAUUUAAUUUAUCCAAUAAUGAUGUAAUUAAUUUAAAAUUAUGUAAUAAUUUAAGAAAUUAUAAUAAUUAUAUUGUUCGUAUGGAUAAUAUAUUUGUGGUAGAUUGUACACAGAGUUCUAAUAUAAAUAAUUCUGAAGGUGACAAAUUAUUAUCUUGUCAUCUUCAAAAUGAUUACCAAACUACUACAUCUACCAUAGCAAUAUUAGAUGACCAAAUAGUACUCUUCAAUAAUGAUAUGGAACUUUCUGUAAUUGCGUCAAAACAACUGCAGGCCAAUACACUAAAAGUGAUUUCCGAAUUUAAAGCACCUAUUUUAUAUAAAUUAAAAUUUAGUUAUAAUGAACAUAAUACAAUUGAAAAUAUCACAGUCCACAUAGAAGAUGACAUUUGGCUUUCUUACCAAGUUCAAAAUACUUUAGUGAGAACAUUUGUUAGUAUGGAUUAUCGUGAAAUUAACGAGGUUCAAAAAAUUUUCCCCGGAUACUGCUGGAAUUUAUUCAUCUCUCUAAAAAUUAUUUUGGGCAAAGAAUUGGAUGAGAAAAUAGGCUUGACCAAUGUGAGUGAUCUCACCAGGAUUUUCAUACCGCAUAUAUGGCUGUCCGAUAUUGGGAUAAAUGAUUAUUUUAAAUUAAUAGAAGCUAGAUCGCCUGAUGAUGUUCAAGUAUUUGAUACCUAUUUAUACCAAUGUCAUAGUACCAGAAUACUCUCAAAUUUGUUUAGACUAAGUCAUAGAUAUAAUUCCGUUUUUUUAUAUAAAAAGUUAUUAUUUCCAAUUAAUUUGAAAGAAAGCCAUUGGAUAUUCUAUUUUAUAAAUUUAGAAACUAAGGAGAUAAUUUUAUUUGAUAGUUUUAACAUCCAGACACACCCAGAAUAUGAGUUAUCUAUAAUUUUACAAUAUUUAGAUAUUCAAUGUCUUUUAUGGAACGGUAUAAGAUUAGAUAUUAAAGAAUAUACUUUCAGAUGUGGCCAAUCACCCAUACAGAGUCAAAAUAAUACAACAGAUUGUGGGGUGUUUGUAUGUGCGACUGCAGAGGCUCUCACACGAGAUGCACCCCUCGACUAUACCGAAAAUGAUAUCUUAUUAUUAAGGCAAAGAAUAGCAUACGAGUUAAUUAUAGGAAAACUCUUAUUUUAG